AUGUUCUCGAAACCAAUUUUUGAUUUUUCUGUUUUGGUUUUUCUGGCCGGUGUUGUUUCUUCUCUCACUACCAACGAGGAUGUUUUCAACCAAUCGAAAGGUCUCGUCCGUUGCUGGGAGUUAAACCAAGUGGGCAACCAUUCGUCAGGAUAUUUUCUUAGUGAACCAAAGUGGCCAUUCUGCACCUACAUGCCCUCCGAAAAAUUCCCAACCAUCUUCUCUGCCGGUGCAGGAGACGAGCUCCCAGAAAAGGAGCUUCACGAGCUCACCCGCGUGUUUGGUAUGACCGAUAAAAAAUAUGGACUGGCUACAAUUUGCUUCCAAGAGGUCAUCCAGUGGGCAGCAAUACCGUAUCCACCGUCGGUUGCCGUGAGAUGCGCUUGCAAAAGAGACGGCUGCAAUGUUCCCAAAGAAUUUGCUGCUUUCUUAGAAUUCAACAAGCACCCGAUUCCCAAGAUUUAA